GAGCCGGUUGUGUUAGGAGGAAGGAGGAUGCUCUGAGGACGUCUUGUGGUUAGCAAAACCGCGAUUGCAUUUACUUUUUUAUGGUUGUUAUUUUACUUAUGCAAUUUUGUUCGCGAAGACUGUGAUUUUUGGAUUAGCGGCCAUUAUUCAUAGUACUUACCUAUAAAACAAGAAGAGAAAGAUAAUGGACUUCUUUUGAGAGAGAUCUCUCAACAUAUGCCCAUUUUAUAUAUACCGAAAAUGCCCAGCCUGAUGGAUUACUAAUGAUGCUGAACACAAUCCAAGAAUUGUCUUUAGAUAUGUCUGAGAAAGUUCCAAUAUUUAUUUUGAUUAUUUUUUUUCAGUAACUUAAGUAGAUUCCACUUGAAAUGGAUUUUGUAUCAUUUUCUGUAUAACAAAUCUACAUGGUCUUUUGGAUAUGGAUAUUUAAUUUUUAUGAACAGUUUAUUUUUUGACCAAGUUAAAAAAAAAAAAAGACAUAUAACCCAAAUUUUAUCGACCACCUUAAUUCAUUUUUUAAACCAUUUAUUGUAACUGAUUGUUAAACUGUGAUGCUCAGUCCUCUUUUUCCCAGCAUCAUUUUACUGAAUAAUACUGUUUCAUGUAUGAAAUGCAAACAUGUCAGGCUCUGUCUAUUUAAGAGAUGAGCGUGCACAUCUUAUAACUGAAAAUGAAUGCAUGACAGACAAGCCUUUCACAAGGAGAUUAUGUUCAUGUUGCUCAUAUGCUACUGUCAGAAAAAGGCUUCCUAUUCUCAACUGGCUUCCACAAUACUCUCUGCAGUGGCUCAAACUAGAUUUGAUUGCUGGAUUGACAGUGGGUUUGACUGUGGUGCCACAGGCAUUGGCAUAUGCAGAAGUUGCUGGUCUACCUGUUCAGUAUGGGCUCUACUCUUCCUUUAUGGGCUGCUUUGUCUACUGUGUCCUGGGGACGUCUAAGGAUAUAACAUUAGGCCCAACUGCAAUCAUGUCUCUACUUUGUGCCUCAUACAUUGAUCAUGACCCAAUAUAUGCAGUUCUACUUACAUUCCUGUGUGGGAUAAUCCAAUGUGUGAUAGGCAUCCUACACCUUGGAUUUCUACUAGACUUUAUUUCAUUUCCUGUACUGAAGGGUUUCAUAUGUGCAGCUGCUAUAACAAUUGGAUUUGGACAAGUUAAGAAUAUCUUGGGUCUUCAUAAUAUACCUCAACAGUUUGUGCUGCAAGUUUACUACACAUUCCUGAGGAUCCAUGAAACUAGAGUUGGUGAUGUAACACUCGGACUCAUCUGUAUUGUUAUUUUAUUGUGCUUGAAGUUCAUGAAAGGUCAUAUGAAAUCUACUGAACCAAACACUUCAUUUUUGGUCAAGUCAUGUUGUACUAUCAUUUGGUUCUUUGCAACAGCUCGAAAUGCAGUGGUGGUUUUAUCUGCCGCUGUUGUUGCAUUCGUAUUCACUGACCACAACCUUGAUGUCUUCACGCUGACAGGAAAAACAGCUAAAGGUCUCCCUCCUUUCAGACCACCAUUUUUUUCUGAAAAGACAGAAAAUGAAACACUGUCUUUUAAGGACAUAACAGAGGAUCUGGGAGCUGGACUUGCAGUCAUUCCACUCAUGGGGUUACUAGAGAGCAUCUCAAUAGCAAAGGCAUUUGGAAGUGAAAAUGACUAUCGGAUUGAUACAAAUCAGGAAAUCUUAGCAAUAGGUCUUACUAAUGUUCUUGGAUCCUUUGUUUCCUCGUAUCCUGUAACUGGAAGCUUUGGAAGAACAGCAGUAAAUUCACAAACUGGGUCAUGCACACCAGCUGGUGGACUAGUCACUGGUUCAGUUGUACUACUUUCUCUGGCAUAUCUGAUGCCACUCUUCUACUACAUUCCAAAAGCUGCUUUAGCAUCAGUGAUUAUUUGUGCAGUUUUGCCCAUGUUUGAUUAUACAAUCUUCAAGAAACUGUGGAAAGUCAAAAAAAUGGAUAUGCUGCCUUUUUUGUUGACCUUCAUUAUGUGUUUCUGGGAAAUCCAAUAUGGGAUUGUUGCAGGAGUAAUUCUGUCCAGUUUCAUUCUACUCUACAGAGUUUCAAGACCCCAGAUUCAGAUUUCUGGUGAAGGUGUCGUGGUUCUAAAGUUACAAAGUGAGCUGAAUUUUCCUGCAAUGCAAUACUUCAGUGAUAAAUUGUACAAAGAGGCUUUAAAAGCCUCACCACCUCGGUCAGCAAUUGUGGACUUUCACCGUGUCAACUAUAUUGACUAUACAGUGGUUAAAGAAAUGGAAGAUCUACUUCGACAGUUUAAAGAUAAGAAGCUGUCUUUGGUUUUCACAAGGCUAUCGAAAGAAGUCCUUAGUGUCUUCUUGGCUGCAAACCUUAAAGGGUUCACCUGUUCACACAGUGUGGAAGCUGCAUUGCAGUCCUUAACUGGAACUGAAACCUUGAGGUGACACAUACUGCAGCUUAUGCUGCUUAAGGGUUAUCUGGUCAGGUCUAGCAAGAUGUGUUAUGUUAAGUUUAAUUUCACAACUGCAAUUGAACUGGAUCAUUGUUAGAUUAUUACAAAAUUAGGAAUAAAAUUAUAUGUUCAAAGCUAGGCAGUGUAAAACAAUAAGAAAUGUGUGAUCUAAUAUCAUCAGGUCUCUGUUGUUCCAAGAUAAUUAUUCAGUUUUAGACAAUUAGCUUUAAAUGUAGUCUGAUUUUUGUAGAGGAAAGUGCACAGAAAGCUAUAAACAAAUCCACCAUUGCAACAGAAAAAAAAUACUCUUCCUUUGUCAUUCAUACAAAUUCUCAGCUUGUAGAAAAAAAAAAUCUGUCAUCAUUUAAAUUUCGAAGAUGAUUAGAUUGUUUUAAAAUCAUUCUUAAAAAAUGUGAAAUCCUGUGCCUUUGUGUAUGCAGUCUCUGAGACGGACAUUAAAGUUGACUAUUUCAAAGUGAAUGGCUGUUCUAGAGCAACAAAUGUGAUGUUUUUACAGGAGCAACAGAAACUCAAUGACAUCAGAUUGACUGACAUUACUAGUACUGGCCUUCAGUGCCUGAGGAAGCUUUUAAUUAAAUUCAAGGUACUAACAUUUAACAAAAUACAAUAAUCACUACAUUAUGAAAUAUAGACAGUGCUUGAAAUUUAAAUUUAAUAUGAAACUGAAAUAGAGUAAGCAAAAAUAGAAAGAUAUAAUUAUACAACUUCAAGGGAAAAAAUCUGCAAGAAUGUAAAUCACCUAUUGUGUGACAGUUUACAAUAAUUAAAAUGUAUUGUUACUUGCCCUCUAAAAACAUAGCUAAGCAUUUUUCACUUACUCUGCUAGUUCAAAACGUUUGACUAAAUCAAAACCAUCACAUAGGUGAUGAUCUUAAGAUGUUAAAACCCUUUUAAUUCAGUUUAAUUACUGUAUCCAGCUGUUUUUGUGGGCUGCAUUUAUGCUGUAUUUAUAAUCCCAUAGGCUAAAACAAGCUGUUUCAUUCACCUGAUAAAUCUGUGGAGGGUACGUUUCCUCAUGGGCCGAAUUUUAAUAAGAGUUAAGUAAAAGGGCUGUCACAUUUUAUGACAGAAUUUGGAUUAUUUCAAUAUAUAUUAGAGUUUGAAUAUUUAAGUCAAAAUUUAAUUGUAAAGGUCUCAUUAUUCAAUUUCAUUUUAAUCUAGCCCACCAUUUGAUAUUGUGGAUUUUUUUUAGCUUGCAAUUUAAUUAGCUCGUAUGCACACGUCACUUUUAGGCAUAGACAUUUCACAUUUUGAUUGGAUAGCCUCUGUGCCUUCAACUAAGUAGGCAGGAUUCUGUCAGAUGAGUAAGAGCAGCCUCAGAUAAAAGCUGCUGUGGCUUUCCAGUGUGGCUUUGCUCCGUAGCUUGUUGAACUUAACCCUUAACGUGAAAGAGAAAAUGAUGCCUGAGGUAGAAUUUUAGGUAUUCUCUGUGAGCAAAAAUGGAUAUAUUCAAAGAAGAAAGUUUAGAUGCAUUUGCUUUAUUCUGUGGUCACAUUCUGUCACAGAUAGUGGAGGAUUUAAACAGAAGAAGCCCAGAUGACAUUGCUUCUUGUCAGACCCAUUACCCAUUAAUGCAGCUGUUAACUUAUUUUGGCAGGUUGCAGGUAAAUCACCUUAUAUGUUAGCAGAGGCUGGAACAUGUAACAUCAAACUAUACCUGUACAUCUCUAUUUAUGUAAACUGGUGCACUGAGAGUCUCUUCAUGUUUAACAAAUGGGACAACUGAACAUUGUAAAGAUCAGUGAGUUGGUCAUUAGUUAUAUUAAAUGUAUUUCAUUUAAACAGAUAAGAGCACAGGGAGCUUAUUAUAUUCUAAAUUUCCAAACAUUUAGGAUGCAGUGGACUCCCAAAAAUUACACAGCCUUUGGUGACUAACAAUUGUUUAUUGUUUUGAGAAAGGGCAAUUUACUACAGAAAGAAACAAUGCUGCCAAACACAGUCAAGGCAAGCAAAUUUAAGACAGUGGAAACAGUGUCUUACCUGAGCCAUUACUUACAAUUCCAACAUUCUUGAGCUGCUGAUAUAUUUAUUUAGUGCUGUGGUUGCUUUAUUUUAAUUUUCAUUUAUAAAUGGGUCAUUUCUGAAUAGUGUGGG